AUGACACGAAACGGCAACAAGUCCACAUCAGCUCUCCUCGUCGCAAUAAGCAACGCCUCUGCCGCCCGCCACAAACAUUCCCUCUCCUCCUCCUCCCCCCUUCAGAAAGAUGUAGAAGAGAUCCUUUGCUCUCGAGCAUAUCGCAAAGAAGAGGAAGACGUCUUCAAACCCGUGCAGCUGUGUGAUAUUGUCCACGAAGAAGAAGAAGAAGAGAAAGAAGAAGAAGAAGAAGAAGCAGAGAUUGAAACACAGGCCAAAAAAGCACAGCUUCAUAAAAAGAGUCUUUGGGAAUGGCACAUGAAGCGAUACAAGUCUUCCCUAAAGAACCAACUCUCAAGGGCCCAAGUCGACGACGCAGUUCUCCGUCUCAUAGACCACUACCUCCUCCGCUGCACAUCCAACACCCCUCCUACAUCCUCAUCCUCCGAAAACGACCCCCUAUCUACCCUAGGCAACAAAAUCGACUCCCUAUGGAGCGCCAACGAAACACGCAUCCGCGCCUCUCUCCCGCGCUACUUCGAAGGCUACCCCGUCCGAGACCGCAUCCAGCCCCCGCUCUUCCACCCCCAGAGAAGCCAGAAGCCUUCCGGCCUGGGAGACUGCCUGCAGUGUCUCGCAAAGGGCCUGCCGUGCUCAAUGAGCGUGCAGGCGACGGGGAGCGGGGAGGGCGUCUUGCGAGGGGGUUGUAGGAGGUGCGUUGCGGAGGGGGAGCGCUGCAUUAUUGAGCAUGAUGAGGUGCUGGAGGAGGAGGAGGAUGGCGAGCGAGAUGUCAAGGAAAAGGUUGGAAAGAAGAGGGAGGAGAAGAGCGGUUUGUGGGACUGGUGGGAUGGAGUGCCGGAUAGGGAUCGGGAUGUCGAUUCGGUGGCGGAGGCGAUUGAGUUGUGGGAGAGGCGGCGAAAGGGCAUCAGGCUCGAGUUGAUAGGGAGCCGUAUGCUCUGGGUUGAAUCCAGGGGCUUUGCGCCACGAGGAAUAAAUCAAGAUGAGUGA